CUCAGGCCGCAGCUGGGAGAAAAGAAGGCUCCUAUCAGAGCCGCACAGCUGGCCAGGAGCAGGGCAGGGCUGACACAGGCUCCACGUCCCCCAGUGGGGCCUCUGCCCUUCCUGGAACAGCCGUCUGAACUGAGCCACAGGCCCCUUCAAGAGAUCCACUGUGCCCACAUCAACACCCAGCUGCGGUCCACGACCAGGUUCAUCAUCCACUGAUCCUACCAGAGCAGAAGGCCUUUGCCUUGUCUGGAGCAGGGCAAGUGUGCAGUUAGAGCCAUACGACUGUCUGCUUUCUGGUGGAGUCCAUGGAAGAGAAACACUUUGGGUAAAGUCUAAUCGUUACCAGACACCAUGGAGGGACCAGAGGGACCCAGUCCCUAGUUGCCUGCCUUCUCAACAGUUGUUCCCCUUCCAUCGCGUGGUUUGCUUUCUCCGCGCAGCUCGGACCCGAGACCCUGCAGUUGACACCAUGGACCCGACACCCUGUGAGGGCUCACCAGGGAGCAAAAACUUCAUCGAGGAAACCACUGAGUACCUUCAGCGCUCAUCAGAGAGGGGAGAUCUACGGCUGCUGCUGACUGAAGAUGGGGUCUGGGAGGCCUUCGUGGCUGAGGCUGAGCUGUCCAGAGCUGAUGCAGACGCACUGCGGGAUGCUCUCAAUGACCUCACAGCAAACAUGGCCGAGGAAGACCAAGACAGGCUCCAGCGUGAGCUGCAGGACACGGAGAAGUUUGCGGAAACGUUUCCUCAGGUGAAACUGGAACUCGAGGAACACAUCAGGAAGCUCCAGGCCCUUGCAGACAGGGUUGACAAGGUUCACAGGGACUGCACCAUCUCCAAGGUGGUGGCCGGCUCCACCAGCACUGUCUCUGGGGUCCUCACCCUCCUUGGCCUCGCUCUGGUACCUGUGACAGCUGGGACCGGUCUGGUGCUCUUGGCAACGGGGAUGGGCCUGGGAGCAGCGGCGGCUGUGACUAGUGUCUCUACUGGUAUCGUGGACUACACAAGCGAGUCAUCGGCCAAAACGCGAGCCAGCCACCUGGUGUCAACCAGCAUGGUCAAAGUGAAGAUGGUUGCAGAGGCCGUGGUUCAUUCAGGGCCCCAAGUCUAUGAGUUAUCUGAGAAUUGCUGCCGAGUCCUGCGAUGCCUUCAGCAGAGCAUCUACGCCAUCAAGCUCGCCAAAGCCAACCCUGCCUUAGCAACCAGUGCCAAGCGCCUCUUGACCAUGGGGAGCAUCUCUGCCCAAAGUGGAAAGCAGGUGAAGAACGCCUUUAGGGGCACUGCCCUGGCCAUGAGCAGAAGAGCCUGGCUCAUGAAUGCAGCCACCACAGGUGUGACCCUCGUUGGGGAUGUGAUCGGCCUUGUGAAAGAAUCCAAGCGUUUGCACAAGGGGGCAAAGGCACAGUCGGCUGAGGAGUUGAGGCAGCAGGCUCAGGAGCUGGAGGAGAAACUGGGGGUGCUCACCCAGAUCCAUGAGAGUUUGCAGUCAGGCUCAACUCAGUAGCACGCUCCCUCUCCCAAAGUAGUGCAGAAGUCUGGGGAGGUGUUCGGGACAGAGACAGGCGUUUUGUUAGAGGAAGUCAAGCCUCUCUAAUAUGGCGUUCAGGCCUUAGGCAUCUCUUCUUUUCAAAAACUUUGUCGUGUUUUUGUCCCCAUCUGUCACUCCCCUCCACAGCCUGUCCUGCCCUCAAGCUGGCUUCUCCCAGCUGACCUGUGCCGAAUCACCUUCUGGCCAUUCAGUAGUGUCCCACCCGGUCACUUCUGGGAUUGAGAUUCAUUAGGUGAAGCCAGCCUUGGCGGGACAUGGGCCUUAUUAUGUGGAUAAGCACAGCCUCUCUCCCUGGUUCUGAAACCUCUUUGGAAACGCUAGGUUGCUGCGGGGGUGUAGUCAUAUUUUUCUUUGGGCUGCUAGCUCACAGAUAAUGACAUGGAGCUCUUAAAUUAACUCAAAUUUUUAAAUCUAUGUUCUGUGUGGUUCAUUACCCCAUCUUUGUACUGUCUAUCCUGCUUCCGCCAUGUCUGGCUGCUGACUCUUCUUCUUCCCAGAGCCCUCUCUAUAAGUCCCGACUAUAUUCUCCUGCCUAGCUACUGGCCAUUCAGUUUCUUACUGCAACAGUCACAGCAAUACAUCUCCACACAGUGUGUAACAACAGGGAAGGACAGAGGCCUGGUGGUCACAAAGGCAUGCUCUUACUCUGAGUAUAGUUUCUUAGGGCUGGGCAUGGUAGCACAUGUCUGUAAUCCCAGGACUUUGAAGGCAGAGGCAGGUGGAUCUCUGUGAGUUUCACUAGUCUGUAUAGUGAGUUUCAAGACAGAAAAUGCUACAUAGUGAGACUCUGUCUCACACCCCCUACACCUCAAAAAAAAAAGGGGUCUCUUAUGCAGUAGAAAUAUUCAAGAGAGCAUUCCCAUUGGACAAAAGACUUUCCAACUCUGGCCUCAGUUUGGCCUCCUCCUUUCCCCUAAAUAUCUUUGCUGCUAACCUCCUGACUUUCUCCCACUGGAGUGCUGGACUCCAGCCAGACUCUUUGCUGAUAUCCAGGACACAAUGCAGCUACGACUUUUCUGGGUCCUCCCCAGCAGGCAUUCCCCAGCUCUCCCAGUGCUAAACACCAACAGUUUUGCAAACUGAAGAUUGACAGUUGCCUGUCACCCCUGCUUGGGGCCCCUGUGUGAUGGGUCUGUUUUACAGGACAGAGCUGCUUCACCCCUGCUCUGCUCUCCCCAUCCCCACUCUGUGACUUCCCUAACAUGUAAUGUCACUGAGGGAAGGAUGGCCCCAUGUUUCUGACAUGAAGAAAAAGAGACGAAAUGUUUCCUCCCCAUCCCUACCCUGGUACCCAUGGCUCCUAAACCACUUGUAGUGGGUAAGUGGCUGCCCCAACGUGGGCUCCCAAAUCUAGAACAAGUGAGGAAAAGCCCAAUGGUGUUGGGACACAUUCUCAGGACAGCAGCUGACCUUCUCCAAAGAGGGUGGAGGUGGUAAUGGGGUGUCUGUGCUCUGCCUUAGACGCCAUGUGACUUUUUGGUUUCUCCUUAUUUCCCAAGCUUUUUCUCCAGCUUCCUGCCGCUUUAGGGUACCUUAGGUGCCACCCCAACCCAUUUCUUGCUGUUUUCUUCAUACAAUACUGAGGUGAUCACUUGACUUGUUACCAAGAGAGCUGAUGGCUACAUACCAAGAGCCAAAGGCUAUAUUAUUUGUGCUAAUUAGCAGGAUCAGCUUUGUAAUGGCAACUUGAAUAUUGCUUCAGGCUCAGGGUGUUUAUGAGUUCUUGCCUUUGUUUCCCAAGACACACGACUGUUGGGCACUGGCCAAGCCAUAGAGGUGACUCCUUGUACUAUGGACAUCCUUGAUCCUUGAUCCUUCCCUUUGAGCCUCAGUGAUGACACUGUGCCUUUAUAGAUGCUGUUGAUUUUGUUUUAGAAAUUAUUUUAGAGACAUAAUGAUCCAGUGGCCUUCUCUGGACAGUCUCACCGGAAUAGCCUGUGUGGUAGUUUGAAUAAGAAUGGCCCCCAGAGGCCAUUUGAAUGCUCAGUCAUCAGGGAGUUGUACUACUUCAGAAGGAUUAGGAAGUGUGUAAUUGGAAGUGUCGCCUUGUUGAACGAAGUAUGUCACUGGGGUGGGCUUUGCCCAUGCCAGGCUCAGUGAUUCUCUCUUCCUGCUACAUUCAGUUCCAGAUGUAGAAGUCUCAGCUCCUUCUCCAGUACCAUGUCUGCCUAUUCCCUACCAUGAUAGUAUUGUACCGAACCUCUGAAACUGUAAACAAGCCCCAGUUAAACACUUUUCUUUAUAAGA